AUGAAAAUGCCGAGCCUGACCGACUCGAUCCGCUUGGCCACCCUGUACGAUUACCAGGGCGGCGACAGCUACUUCCACGUCCACAACACGUUCAUCGGUAUCCAGGCGACGUUGGUCCCGGAUAUUACGAUAUGGUUCAACAGCCCGGAGCAUUUCAUGUUUGAUGAAGGGCUCCACGCCCUUGCCGCUGACGCCCAGGAGCUGGGCACGAAAAUCGAAAAGAUCUUCGCGAGAGUCGAAGCACUUGGCGUAAAGAUCCCCGAACAUGGGCGCCAGGAGAAGGUGAACGAGCUCGUCAAGUUUUACGACACACUGGGAGAGGCCUACGAAAACCAAAAGAAACUCAUCCCAAUGCCCACCGCGUUCAGUCGGUUCACGAUCGAGGAGUUGCAGAAGGCGGCGCCGGCGUACGACUGGCUACACUUUAUCGGUUCCCAUCUACCGAAAGUGGUGCGUGACCGCAUCGAUAGCCAGACGUCAGUUCGCCUACACGCGCCGCUGAAGAACUUGGAGAAGGUGCUCAACCACUUUUCCAAACUCACCGAACACCUCGCCAUCGACACAAUACGGCCAAAAUCUGAUGUAGAAGAAGUUAGGAGGCUCGGCGACGAGAUGCGAAGCAUGUUCCACACGCUUUUUGACGAGAACACCUGGCUGAGCGACGAGUCGAAGGCGUUUGUCAAGAAAAAGCUGGACCAAAUCGACGUCAAGUACGGCUACAAUCAAAACGCCGUCGACGCCGAGCAGGUCGAUGCCUUGUACGAGAAUCUCCAAAUCCCCGCCAAAUGGAACCACCUGGAGCUCAUGCAAUUUGAGGAGCGAGCCGAGUGGCUGGUUUUUGAUUUGAAACUAAACGGUGAUCUCGGCAUGGAGGAGCCGCUCUUCAUCAAUGCGUUCAACCGCCGCGGUGAGCAGAUUGUCAUCCCCCUCGGCAUCAUCACCCAGCCCUUCUUCGACGCCACCUGGCCGAUCGAGUUCAACUACGCGGGCAUCGGCUUUGUGAUGGCGCACGAGCUUACUCACUCGUUCGAUAAUGCCACCGACCUCCCCGACGGGAACCCGGGCAACGACACCACCGAGUUCCUCGUCAAGCAGCAAUGCCUCGUCGACCAGUUCGACGUCAACUACACGAACCCUCGGCUCAAUGUCACGUUGCAGGUGGAUGGCUAUUCGCAGAAGCCGGAGACGAUCUCGGAUAAUAAUGGGCUGCGCGUGGCGUGGAGGGCGUACCUUGAGACACGCCGGAAGCUCUACGGCCGCAACCCACCGAAGUUGCCCGGGCUGAAGCAGUUCACCAACGAUCAGCUCUUCUUCCUGGCCCACACCCAGAUGUACUGUGGCCGACAGCCGACGCUCUACUCUCCCGCUGACGGCUGGAAGUUCAACGACGUCCACCCCGAGAACAGCGUCCGCGUCAACGAGGAGCUCAAGAACUUUGAGCCGUUCGCCGUCGCUUUCCAGUGCAAGCUGAACGCGACGAUGAACCCGGACCGCGAGGAGUGCAGAAUCUAUCGUCACCGCAACCGA